ACCGGUACACAACCCUUUAAUCCUGCAAUGCUCUUUAAUGUUGGCUUCAAAGAGGCCAUCACGGAUGCUGCCUGGGACUGUAUAAUAUUUCAUGAUGUGGAUCACUUACCUGAAAAUGACAGGAACUAUUAUGGCUGUGGGGAAAUGCCACGCCAUUUUGCAGCAAAGCUGGACAAAUACAUGUACAUUCUUCCAUACAAUGAGUUCUUUGGUGGUGUAAGUGGCUUGACAGUGGAACAAUUCAAGAAGAUCAAUGGGUUUCCAAAUGCCUUUUGGGGAUGGGGUGGAGAAGAUGAUGAUCUUUGGAACAGGGUUCACUACGCUGGGUACAACGUCACAAGACCAGAGGGAGAUUUAGGGAAGUACAAAUCCAUUCCUCACCAUCACAGAGGGGAAGUCCAGUUUUUAGGACGAUAUAAACUUCUGAGGUAUUCCAGAGAACGUCAGUAUAUUGAUGGGUUGAACAAUUUAAUAUAUACUCCUAAAAUACUUGUCAGCAGAUUGUAUAAAAAUAUAACCGUGAAUCUCAUCCCAGAGCUCGCUCCCGUUAGAGACUAUUGAUGGAAGUGGAAUGACAAGCCACCCUACCAGAAUAAACUUCUAACACUGCAAGCUACUCACAGACACUAUAAAACAAAACAAAACCAACAAUCAGCAGCUUAGAAUUAGAGAUUUAUGACCAUUUGGUGAUGCAUAUUUGGGACGAGAAGCGAUUGUAUGUACCGUGUGUUUUGUUCUGAAAGAAAAGCCAGCAGCUCCCCCUCAGCAGUGCCACUCAGAUGUUUACAGCAUGAGACUACUGGUCAAGCCUUCAUCCUCCACAUCCUCAUCUUAACUGCUCCCCUAAAACUGCAGAAAACAGACUUGUAGCUUCUCUGGAAGUAGAGACAGAUGCCUCUUCUUUCCAGGAAUUUUUUAUACUAAACUACUCCCCCACCCCCCUUAUAUUUAAAUGAAUGCUUUUGUUUCUUUUUAAACUGUGUUUUGUAAAUAUGUGAUGUAAAUUAAUGUGUGUACAUUGCUUUUAAAUCGCUCAAUAUUUUAUGCUUCAGUAUGUGUUUGAGUGUGUUCUUGUUUGAAUUCUAUAGGAAUGUUUUUAUUAGCAUGAAAGAACAAGUGCAAAAUAUAAGUAUGCUUAAAAAAAAAGGUUAUACCUUAUGUGAAA